CCCCCCCCCCCCCCCCCCGUCAUCCCCUCUUCUCCGCAUUUCUGCCCUCUCCCCCUUCCCUCUGCUGGCGAUGGUCUCCUCCCUUGCCGAGCACGAGCCGCCGGCGCUUGGCGGCCUGUCGGUGUCUGCCUCUGGCCAACUGGCGGCCUUGCAUCUGGUGGCCGGCCGGCCGCCGGGCUCGCCGCGGAUACCGACCGAUGUGGGCCUUGGCGAUGUGGUCGCCGGUUCGAGCGCGGCGGCCAUCGAAGCGUCCCCUCGGCACAAUCGGACCCUGCUGACGCCGGUCUUCGUGGACUUGGCACACUCGGGGAACCUGGGGCGGCGGUUCCCGGCGGCGGUCCUGGCGCCCGCCUCGGCCACCGCCUCCGACGAGGCCCAUCCACACCGGUGCCUGCUGGAGGUGAGCGCCCACGCGCCGGGCCGCGCCCUGCGCCGAGAGCUGGGCCCCGUCUUCCCGGACAUCUUCCGGCCCGGGGCCUCGCGCUUCAUGGCCCCCGAUGGGACAGACCUCCUCCGGCGCGACGCGCGCGCCGAGUUCAUCGUGGUGCCCACUUUCCAACGGUCAGCUGCAGACCUGAGCGUCUUUUCCGAGCACUCCGAGCUGGAGAAGGACCGCCUGCUGGAGCGUUUUUCCCUCUGGGCACACACGGUCUGCUCGCGGUUGAAUGAGCUCGGCUACUGGGCCGCGUAUGCGGACCCGGCGUCCGGUAGCCCGGUUUGCUUUGCUCCCGGGGCAUGGGCCGGGCUGUUGCCCUCGGCCACCGGGGCCACCCCGGUCGCGGGGAUGCCCCACUCCCUGAGCGUCACCAAUCCCGCCGUGGCACUGUACCCGGAGGUCGCCGCCGCGCGGGCCUUCCUCCGGUACUAUGUCGACACGGCCGCCUGCUCGGGGACCUGCGCCCUGCUCUGGCAUCCCCAGUGGAAGUCAGCCACAUACCCGGCCACGCUCUUUGCCUUUGCCCCGGCGGAUGUUGUUCGACAAAUCAUCGUUGAAUGACCGUGCUUCUCUCGGGGUUUUUUUUUCCGCGCCCCUCUCGGCAUCUCCCCCCCCCCCCUCCCCUCCUCCGUGAGGUUGAACCGGCGAGCAGUGUACAAUAGCAGGAAUCCCUCCCCCGGGAAGAGGGGAAGCUUGGUGCCGGCAUC